GAGGAGUGUCGAUGGUCAGUCACAUACGAGUUGUCUAGUCCACAGUUUAGUUAACCUAAUUUUAUUACAAAUUUGCUGAUCAUAGGGAAUAGUGAAAAUGAAAUAUUUUAUUUUGACCUUAGCCCUUUUCGGGGUGUCUAUACAGGCCCAAGCUCCAUGCACGGAUUCCUGUUGGCAGUCUUGUCCAAUCGAUUCCCGUUGUCCUGCCGUAAAUGGAGUCAACGCAACUUUGUUGAGCCACCCUACAGACUGUAGCAAAUACAUCAGUUGUGAAAGCGGACAUGGAUGUCCGCUCGAUUGCCCGGCAGGACUUCAUUUCCACGGUGUUAAAAAGAUCUGCACAUGGUCGUGGAUUGCUUGCUGUGACCCACAUGUGGACUGCCGGCCCGACGCUGAAAAUGGCAGGGAUUGCGUUGCCAAUAGUGCAUGCGUUGGUGUCGGCUCUUGGGAAACCGUUCUUCUGCCGCAUCCAGACUGCAGUAAAUUCUACAAGUGUGAUCGGGGAGAGGCCUGUCCAUAUCUGUGCCCAGCAGGUCUACACUUCAAUAAGGACGAUUUGGCUUGUGAUUGGCCAUGGAGAGCAUGCUGCGACCCUACGGUAGAAUGCAAAAAGCCAUGUGAUAUCAACACAUGUCCGCCAACAGGACCUACCCCGGCUCCAACACCGGCUCCGACACCUGCUCCGACACCGGCACCAACACCUGCUCCGACACCCGCACCAACACCUGCUCCCACACCUGCUCCGACACCUGCUCCGACACCCGCUCCGACACCCGCCCCGACGCCCGCUCCGACACCCGCUCCGACACCUGCUCCGACACCCGCUCCGACCCCAGAUCCCACAGGACCUGAUAAUUGUGACACUGGGUGCCCCAAUUUCAACUGCCAUGAAAAUGCACUUUGUGUCGGCACCACUGGAUCCGGUAAAGAAGCAAUCCUCCUGCCUCACCACGAGUGUGGCAAAUUCUACAAGUGCAAGGAAGGAUCAAAUUUGGCCUGCGAGUUUGUAUGCCCACCCGGAUUACAUUUCAACGAUGUAAAGCUCGUAUGUGACUGGCCCUGGUUGGCAUGCUGCGAUCCAUCGGUCAACUGUGUGAAGCCAUGCAUUCCUGGAGUUACGUGCGCACCUUCGGCCUAGGACAAUCAUGGCUAGCAGGUUCUCGAGAUCAGCAGUAGCUUAGAAUCAACAACAUUCAUCUGAUUGCUGUGGUAUUAGUACAUUAGUAUGGUUUGAUAAACAGUUUAAAUUAAGGUGCAUUAGAUUACUCAUAAUGCUUCCAAGUAGUUGGCAAAUAAACAUCCUGCGCGUUCAAACGUUAAAAA